GUGGAGAUGUGUAAGGAUUACCAGACUCUGAAGUACAAACUCGGCUCAGUUGUCGAGAGUGCUCAUGCUGUUAUUGUUGCUCAUUCUGUCCAGCACAACCCCGAGGACAUGCGGAGAGCCCUGACCAGGCUGGAGGCAGUGAAGUUAGAGCUGACCGGUGCUCAGGGCGACCUCGAUUUGUUCAUCUGUAAAAGCAAAUCCUUCAUCAGCAAGCUAAGGAACCUUCCAGCAGACCUAGCAGAUGCAGUCCGUGUGGAAUUGGACACUGUCGUGGACCAGUGGAUGGACACGUCAGAGAGGAUAGAAACCGAAGCGAAUCGUCUCGCAACCGUUCUUGAGUUAUGGAAUGAGGUUAACUCUGUGGUUAAUGACAUCGAGUGUUGGAGCGCCACCUCAGUUAGCGAGCUCAACGAUGGACCUGUUAGUCUCUUAUCCAGUGCCAACAUGGAGGACUGCCUCAGUCAGUUUAAGGUGGAGAUUGAGAAUAAAAAGCUGCUAAUGGAGAGCCUUCGUGUAAAAGUUAACGAACUACAGGAAGUAACAAAGAACCAGCAAGUGGACACCGAGCUCCAGGUGAUGGCAGCUGAUCUGAGGAAGAAGAUCUUCCAUGCUGAGGAGGUUUAUGAGCAGGCCUGUUCCAUCCUGAGGGACUUCAGCUGUCAGAGCCGGCAACUCCAGGAUGCGAUUUCCCACAUGGCUGAACAACUGGACACUGUCGAGAACACGUUGUCAGAGCUAUCACAGUCAUCUGACCCAGAAAAUGUGGCCAAGAUAAAGGAGCUCCGGAAGAUUCUGAAGCAGGUGGAUGGAGGUUUGGACGUGACGGGCGAGUCUCUCCGUGUGCUCUGUAGAGUUUAUCCAGCACAGCAGCUAACAUCUGUGGGCGAGAGCAUCACCCAGCUGGUGAAGCGGAGCGAAGCGGCCGCUCAUCGUUCCGGACAAAUCCUCCGAACUCUACAGAAAACACUUCUGCACAGUUUUAACGAACUCACACAGGAUUUCCAUAGCUGGCUAUCAGAGCUGAAAUCAGGAACAGAAGAGACCUCUGAGGAAACAGGAGACCUUCCUCGGGUUCCUGCUCAGCUGCAGAGGCUCAAGGUGUCCCUGGAGCGAAUCAGAGAGGGUGAGGAACAUCUGACUAGACUUCAUGAAGAAGAAGAAAAGCUCCUCACACAUCUGUCUGAAUCUGCAGCUGGACGAGUUCAGGAGCAUCUGGCCUCGUGUCACCUGGCGCUGGAUAAAUUUAUUGCAGCCUGCAGACAGAGAGUGCGGUGUUUAGAGGAGAGCGCCGCCCUGCAGGACAGGUUGGAGGUGUGUGUUGACGAGUUGAGAAACUGGCUGCGGCAGAUGGAGGAAAGCCUAAAGAAAGAGGCAGUUAUUUGUGGAGCGAGCCAGCCAGGAGUCCCUGACUGCUCCACUCAGCUCAAAAGAGUGGAAGAAAUACACAAAGAGCUGCUCGCAAGAAGACCAUCACUGGAGCGUCUGUAUCAGUCCUCUCUACCCCUGUCCAAGGAGAACAGCAUCCCAGCCGAGCUUCUCUCCUCCCAUCAGGCUCUGCUUCAAGAGGCCUGGACUCAGCUGCUCCACCUGCAGGAAUACCAGGCGUUUGGGGAGGCGCUCAGGGCGGUGGGAAACUGGCUUGAGGAGGUGAAGGGCAGGCUGGAGAAACUGGAGAGCACUGAGGGGAAUAAAGAGGAGGUGGAGGAGAGACUGGAAAGAGUGCAGGAUAUCCUUUUAAUGAAGGGUGAGGGAGAGGUAAAGCUGAACAUGGCUGCCGGUAAAGGCGAGCUUGUCAUAAAAAGCAGUGGAGACGCUGGACAGGAAGUGAUCCGUUCUAAGCUACAGGAAGUGGAGGAUGCCUGGGCAGCACUACUUUUAAGAGCUAUGAGCUGCCACAGCCGUCUGGAGUGGACGGUGAGUCAAUGGGGACUGUUUGUGGAGUCUCAAGCUCAGCUCAGGACCUGGUUAGAGGAGGUGGAGUCUGAGGUUAAAGGUCCUCUGGAGCCUCAACUUGGUCUCAGAGAAAAGAGGCAGCAGCUGGACAGACUGUGUUUGCUCUUGGCUGACGUCGAGGACCACCAGGGGGCACUGUGUUAUUUAGAGGAGAGCGCUGCUGAGCUGCACAAGCGCACCAGGGACCCGGCCUUUAAGGAGGAGGAGACUGCUCAACUUAGGGCUCAGUUUGAUGAUGUCCGAGCUGCUGCAGAGGAGAGAGUCCGUCUUUCAGAAGGUGUCGUUUUCGAGCAUGAGAAGUACAUGGCAACUGUAAGAGAGCUCACUGAUUGGCUAAUGUCCAAAGGAGAGGAGCUUCAGAGAUGUUCCGAUCCAUCUGGAGACUCUGCAUCGGUCGAGAGAAAGCUGAUGGAAGUUCGGGAGCUGGUGGCGCGGGGAGCGCGCGAAGGGCGCGAGCGUCUGCGGCGCGUGCGGCUGAGCGCGGAGAGCGCGUGCAGGCUGACGGCGGCGACGGGCUGCGAGCUGAUGGACAGCGAGGUCCUAGCGCUGGCGCGAGCCCUGCAGCAGUGGGAGGGACAGGCGCUGAGGGCGCGCGACACUCUGGAGACCGCCGUCACCGUGGCGACCGGAGCUGAGCGCGAGCAGCGUCGCCUCGCCGAGCAGCUCGAGGAAGACACCGGGCGGCUCGAGCGGCAGCUAAGAGAGUGGAGCGACGGGCUGAAGCGCUCCGAGAGGCGGAACAGCGGAGCUGACGCGGUGCAGGGAUGGACUGUGGCUCAGGGUGUACUGGAAGGCCUGCAAGCAGCUGAAGUCAUGGAGGAGAAGCUAAAAGCUCAACUUAACGAGCUGUGUGGGUUUUCCAGUGAUCUGGGAGCUCAGUCAGAGCGGGUCAGUGCGCUCAUCAAACUGCACAACAGUCUGAGUCUGCGAGCAGCUCGUGAGUGUCAGAAUAAGGAGAAGCUGCUGGAGCAGCGUUUCCGCUCGUCUCUGCGUGAUUUCCGUCAGUGGCUGGUCAACGCCAACAUCUCCACGGCUAAAUGCUUUGACUCUCCUCACAGCAUUCAGGAAGCUUCCACCAGCCUCCAGAGGAUUCAGGAGUUCCUGAGUGACAGCGAGCAAGGCCAGGACAGAUUAAACGCUGUGAUCUCCCACGGGGACCGACUCGCCGCCGUGGUGUCUGCUGACAGGGUGGAGGUGGUCAGGUCCAAAGCCAACGCUGCCAAAGAUGACUGGAACAACCUGAUGGACAACCUGAAGCAAAGAGAGACUGUAUUACAGGGUCUGCAGUGUCAGAUGCAGGAGUUCGAGGUGAGUGUGGAGCCUCUUCAGGACUGGAUCAACAGAACAGAGAUGAGCGUACAGGAGAGCAGCGCUCGUCUACACGAUCUCCCUGCUAAGAGACUGGAGCUGAGCAAACUGCAGUCAGUGUUGGAGGAGAUGGGCUCCAUGGAAUCGGAGCUAGGAAUGCUGAGAGAGAGAGCUCACAGCCUGUGGGAAGGUCAGACGGCUGGGAAAGGUUUUGUGCACAGGGUUUGUCAGCUUGCUGCACGCUACCUGGCCCUGAGCAACCGCACUAAGGAGAAGGUCUCCAGAGUGGAGCGUGUGGUUGGGGAGCAUCAGCUCUUCUCCCAAGGCUUACAGGAACUUCAGAGCUGGGUUUCAGAAGCCCAGCAGAUCCUCGAAACCUGCCGAAGUCCCAACGCUGACAAAAGCGUGUUGCUUACCCGAAUGAGCCAGCUUGAGGAGCUGUUAGCGGCACGUCAGGAGCGGGAGAUCCAACUGAAGAUGCUCAUCACCAGAGGAGAAGCGGUGCAGAGGAACACCUCAGCGGAGGGUGUACCUGUGGUUCGCAAACAGAUCCAGGACCUUAAAGACUCCUGGGACUUGCUUCUCUCAGCUGCGAUACAGUGCAAAAGUCAGCUAGAAGGUGCUUUGUCUCACUGGACCAGCUAUCAGGAGGACGUGAGCCAGUUCGAGGGCUGGCUGGAAAGAGUAGACGAGAGUCUGGGGAACUCGGAUAAACACUGUACGGAGAUGAGGGAGAAGACAGCGAAUUUACGCCAAGCGAAGCUGCUUUAUGAGGAAGUGUUGAGUCACUCGAGCUUGUUGGAGACCAUUGCCACAAAGGGAUCCAACCUUCCCGAGCACUCAGCCACUCAGCGGGAGGUAGACGAGCUCAGCACGCAGUACAAAACCAUUAAGGAUAAAGCCAAGGCUGCUGUCAAGAAGGCGGAGGCGCUGGUCCUGGUCCAUCAGGAGUACCAGCGAGGUCUGCACAUGUUCGAGGACUGGCUGGAACAGGAGCAGAGCAACCUGGCUCUCCUUUCACCCCUGGAUGGAGAUGUGAAUGCACUGGAGAAAACCUUGAAAGAGCUGCAUAUGCUCCAGUCACGUUGCUCUGAGGGCCAUGCCUUGCUGAAGUCGGCCCUGUCCAGUCGGGAGCAGGUCAUCCCGUGGGGUGUCCCUCAGAUUGAGGACAGGGCGUUGGAGACCGCACAGAGAGAGUGGCAGGCGUAUCAGGACAGGCUGGAGAACACUCAAGCUAGCCUGGAGCAGACGCUCAUCAGGCUGCAGCAGCUGGAGGGAUGUUUCCAGAACCUGGACCGCUGGCUGGUAGAUAUUGAGCUUAAAGUCAGUCUGAGGAGUGACAGACGAGCCGAGUGUGCUGCUAAAGAGCUCCAGCUCCAGCAGCUUCUGCAGUGGGAGGUGGAGGCUGUACAGAAGCAGGGUGAGAUGGAGGCUCUGAGUGCUUUGGCUCAGCAGGUUGUGGAAGACUCUCAUGUCAGCGCUCGGGUCAGCGCUCGGGUCACUCAGCUCACCACCCGCUACCACGCCCUCCUGCUGCGCAUACAGGAGACCAUCCGCCAGCUGCAGGAGGAACUGAGGAGCAUCAGUGAAGCUCAGGUCGCUCUCAGAUCCUUCUCCGAUUGGAUGAGUUUGACGACGAUGGGUUUAAAAGUAGCCAGCGAAAGCAAGCAAGCCCCGGAUCGAGCAUCUCUGGAGAAAAAGAUGAAAAGGCUGGAGGCUCUACAGCGUGAUGUGGACGAAGGCCAUGCCCUGUUCAAGACCCUCCGUGAGAAAGCCGAGCAGGCCGUCUCCUUUCUGGAUGAAAGCGGAACCUGUCAGCUAGAGAAGGAGGUCCAGGAGAGCCGAUCUCGACUAGAAGAGCUUGGCCUGGGGAUACGAGCCGAGCAUGGAGCUACUGAGAAGAGCGCAAUGCUUUAUAAAGAGUUUCAGGAGCGUUAUAAGACCCAGCUGCAGUGGAUGAGAGAUACUCGAGCUCUACUCGGCUCUUCGGCAGAACCAAAAGCUGAGCUCUACCAGAGAAAAGCCCAGCUGGCAAAGUAUAAGGUGUUGGAGCAAACUCUGCUGUCCCGGGACUCUGCCCUCAGUGCCAUGAUGGAAAAAGGGAAAACACUGCUGUCUCUCCUCCACUCUCCCUCCAUCACAGAAAACAUGGACCGGUUACAGAGCGAAUAUCAGGAGCUGUGUAACACCGUGAGGAGUCGGGUGCAGAAGCUGGAGGCUCACGUAAAGAAACAGGAAGAGUAUCACACCGAACUCCAGGAAGUGGAACGCUGGCUGCUGCAGAUGUCCAGCCGGAUGGUGACCCCUGACCCCACUCCGGGAGGCGGGCUGGAGGCAGCCGCGCAACAGCUGGCCAGACACAAGGCCAUCAUGGAGGAGAUUGCAGGCUUUGAGGAGCGUCUGGCGGGUCUGAAGGAGAGAGGAGACGAGCUGAUGUCUGGCUGCACCGAACGCCUUCAGGCUCGUGUACGCCAGCAGAUCCAGAGCCACCUGCAGGGAGCACGAGACAGUUACUCGGCCAUCUGCAGCACGGCACAGCGCGUCUAUCAGAGUCUGGACAGGGAGCUGCAGAGGCAUGUCAGCCUGCGAGACACACUGCAGCAGUGUCAGACCUGGCUGUUCAAUAUCCAGGAGGAACUGCAGCCGCCUGCACAAACGCCACGCUACCUGGAGGAGGCACUGAUCCAGCUGAAACAGGAGCGAGCACUUCAGGAGCAGGCAAGUACGUAUCUGCAGCUGAUCUGCUCCACAUGUGACCUGACGGAGGAGAAGGUGCAGGAGACCGCCGCUGAUAUCCAGCAAGUCAAAAUCCAGGUUGAGGAAAGAAUGCUCGAAUCCCAAGAACUGGCAGACAGCUGGAGAGAAAUCGAGAGCCUACGUUCCGAUCUUGAGUCUCAUCUCCGAGAAGCUGAAAAGUUUCUGCAGAACAUGCUGAGAACACCAGCAGAUCUUGAACCAAAGGUCUCUCAGAAUCAGCUGGACCAGGCUCAGGACUUUAUUCAGGAGAUACAAGCCAGGCAAGCUGAUCUGGCCAGCCUGAGAGAGAGCAUUGGAAGGCUUGUGCCAUCUCAGGAUUCACCUGUGCUGGUGGAAAUAGGUCGCCUACGCAGAUCUUGGUUAGAGCUUGCAAAGCAGGCUGCAGAGCUUUUGGAGCAGAGAGAGGAGGAUCUCCAGAGGAGUGGGGAUUAUCAAGAGUGCCUGAGCAUGGUAGAAGAGCUGUUUGACCAAUUGUCCAAGGAAUGGGAUUAUCUGUCCAGGGGGGAUAUGGAGAGCAAUGCAGGGUGUUUAGAUGCCUUGAAGAAGCUCUCCAUAGAUCUUCAGGACCAGCGGUGUGUAUUAGAAGAUUUGAGAGAUAACAAGAAUGCAAUCCUGCCACGCCUUACACUUGAGGACAAGGACCUUGUCAAGGAGCAGGUAGGUUACCUGGAGCAACGCUGGACCCAAAUGGAAGUGCAGGUUGAACAGAAGAUACAGGAUACGAUUGAAACCCUAGAAGACUUAAAUCAUUUAGAGGACCAGUUGCGGGAAACCCAAGAGUGGGCUGAGGUGCAGCGACCAUCUCUUUCUGAUGUACUGAAAACCAGUCCCCCUCCUGACCUUGCUCAGAGCUUUUUAUUUGACCACUUGAGCUUUUGUGCAGAACUAGAGGCCAAGCAGCAGCUUAUUAAUCAAUCUGUGUCUGAGGCUGCCAUCCUUUAUGCUCAUCUAGGACUAAAUGAGAAAAGGAGACUGCAGACCUUGGUGCAGGAUGUUCAAGAAGCAGUAGAAUCUCUUAGCUCGAAGGCAGCUCACCACCGCAAAAGCCUUAAUAAAGUGUUCACAGAGCGGACACAGUUCCUCCAGGCCUUGGACAGGGCUGCUGCAUGGAUCAAGCAGCAAGAGCAGAGGAUUCUCGCAGAUGAGCAUGUGGCUCUCGUGCCAGAUGAGCUCUCCAAGCAGGUGUCUAUUUGCAAAAACAUAUGUAACAGCCUAAGGGCAUAUCAAGUGGAACUAACCUCACUUUGGACACAAGGAAGGGAACUUGUAAAGGAUGCAACAGAGGAUGAGAAGACAGAGACCAUUCAAAGACUUGAGGAGCUCCAGGGAACCUUUGAAACUUCCCUCCAAAGGUGCACAAAUCAUUUGCAGCACCUGGAGAGAGCCUUAGUUAUUCGAAAGUACUUCAAAGAUGAUUUGGAUAGAAUCUGUGAGUGGUUGCGACAUGCAGAAGCAGCCACAUUCCCAAUAAUAGACCUCAACAAGAAUGAUGCGGAGCUGCAAAACCAGUUAGCCAAAUACCAGCAGAUUUUGGAUCAAACCUCAGCAUAUGAGAACCUGUUGCUUAUUGUCCAGCGGGCAGGACAGGAAGUUCUACCCACCUUAAAUGAGGUGGAUCACUGCUACCUGGAUGAGAAACUUAACGGCCUUCCGCAACAGUACAAUGGCAUUCUUUUGUCGACCAAAGAAAAGCGAGACAGGAUCCAGCGAGUGAUUCUGGAGCGCAGGGAAUUGGAGUCCCUCAUUGAAGCGACACGUAAAGCUUUGGAGGAACUUCAGGAGCAGUGCGAUGCCUUAGAGAAACAAUCAAUUAGUGGAAGCCUUGAAGAUGGGGAAAGGUUGCACGGUGACUAUGAUGAGAUCCAGACCGGUCUUUUAAACCUUUUCCAAGCGAUGAAUGAGUUGAAGAAUAAAACUCAGGACUUCCAUUGCACAGGACAACCAUAUACACGUGAGGUCAUUGACCAGCUUGUCAGUCUUUAUGGUAGACUUGAUCAAGAGACAAAGGAAAAGGUUAAACAACUCAAUGGAACUUUGAAUGUAUUAAAUGACUACAGGACCACAAUGGCAAAAAUGGAUAGUGGCAUUAAUGCAGUCAGGGAGCAUAUGGAUGAACUUAAUUCUGAGACGCAGUUAGAUGCCAUGGAGAGAUUAUCGAAACUGCACAAAAUGGCCAAAGAGCUAGAUGAGAUUACUUUUUAUUCUGAAGGAUUAACUGGAAAGAUAGUAGAGUGCAACCAGCACUUUGACCAUGAUACCCUUAGAACUCAGGUUUCCAUGAAGGAGACACAGCUUCAAGCCUUGAAAGCAAACAUUUACAAAAGCAUAGAAGAAUGUGAAUGUUGUGUGGGGAGCAAGCCUAGCUUCCAGACCAAGAUCAAAGAAAGCUUGAUUUGGCUCAAGAGGGUUAGAGAGGAUCUCAGAGGUUUGUUUACACUUCAGGAAAUCAAUGUGCAUGUUGUACAGGAUGAGAUCAGAUCAACAGUCACACUUCAGAGAGAAAUUAAAUCUAGGCUUCAGUUGCUGAAAACUUUAAGCCAAAAUGAGAGGACCUCCAAACAGACAUUCCCCAGUGACAUGGAGAUCUGUUUGAAGGAUAUUGCAGACUUGGAGAGUGAGGUUCAGGAAUCCCUCACAACCAAACAGGCGGUCUUGCAGUCAGCACUAUCCUUGCUACAAAUGUACCAAAGUGCCUUGAGGACUAUUAGCCAGUGGUUUGAAGAUGCAGAUGCUGUCAUAAAGCAGAAGAACCAGAAUCUAGAACUGGAAGAUCUAACAGAGAGGCUCAAGGAACUUGAAAAUGUUUUGACCCAAGAACCGACCAUAAAGAAGGCGAUUCAGGAUAUCAAGGGCAUUCUCCCUAAAAUGGAGAGCUUUGUUUAUUCUGGUGUUGUAAUGAAAAAUAAAGAAGCCCUCGAGACCACUUGUCAAAGGAGUGCUGAUGUCAUAGAACAGCUGAGAAGUCACCAAGAAACCUUAAACAGAUGUUCUUCUCAGUGGACGGCAUUUAAAAAAGAUAGAGAAGUACUCAUAACUGAACUGAGUGAAGUUGAAAUGAAAUUAGCUGAGUUUAGCACAGCUAAAUCAAGCUCUCUUCAAGAGGCUGAGGACAAGCUUCGUUUUCACCAGGAUUUUGUGUUCCAACUUGAGGCUUGUCAAGAUAAACUCUCAAACCUGAAAGAACAUUCAGAGCAGUCCGAUCUGAACUGCAUGUCCGGUGCUGCGGUUUGUCGUUCAGUUUGUGCACUAGACCAGCGAUGCACUCAGUUAACCAGUGUAGCUAAAGUACAGGAGAAGGCGCUAAAGGACACGGUGCAUGACUGGAGAGGCUUCAUUGAGAAGCUGGAGAAGAUGAGGUCUGUGUCAGAGGACCUGCACAGCCGAGUUCCAGACAGCGUGGUGGAGAAGGCAGCCAGCACUGUGGCCCUACACAACCUGUUAGAGUAUCACGACUCCUUCAGCCGAGAGGUGGAGAGAGAGAACAGUGCCCUGACUCUCCUCAGACACCAUGCCCUUCACCUUCUCCUCCACUCUGAUACUGCAUUACUAAAGACCUCCAACAACCAGACCAGCUGCAUCAGUAACCAAACAACCAGGCUUGGCAAGCUGUCAGCCAUGCCCCUCAAGCCUCCUUACAUGACCAUGAAGCAAAAGAUCACACCAAACAAGACGCCGAUCUCAACCAGUAACCAGUCAGCCACCCCUACUACACAGCCAGACACACUCAGCUCACAGCUUACCAUGCCCAUGACACAACCAGCCAGGCCCACCACAAAAUCAACCACGCCCAAUACACAAUUAACCACACCCACUACACAUUCAACCACACCCACUACACAUUCAUCCACGCCCACUACACAGCCCGCCAUACCCAACAACCACGUAGACACUCCUUGCAAUCAAACAGUCACACCCAGCAACCACUUUGAAAUGUCUAGCACACUAACACCCAAAUACCAAACAAUCAUACCUGUCAAUCAUCUGGCCACGCCCAUCAAGCAGGCCAUUAAAACCAACAGUGAGGAUGCUUUCUGUCUGCGGGAGAUUCAGGCAAUGCAGGAGAAAUAUGAGAGCCUGCUGCAGAAAGUGUGUGUGAGCCGGCAGCAGGUUCAAGUGGAACUGCUGGAGCGAGAGGAGGUGGAAAGGGAGCUGGGACUCGUUAAAGGCUGGAUCCAGGACACACAGGGCCUGUUACUCAGCCCUACAGCUGACCUGGACACCCUGCUCUCUGACCUGGAGAAGGCUCAUGGCGGUGUUCAGUCUCAGCGACAGGCUCUGGAGCAGAUUGCAGAUCGCCAGCAGAUGAAAUACAAAGACCUUCAUGCUGCUGUUCCUUCUGAGAUCAGCACCCAGCUGGCACAGGUCACACUGGCACUGGGUUCGGCAGAGGACCAGGUGCAGAGCCGGGAGAGAGAAGUGCAGCACAGCAGAGAUGUUAAAGAAGACUUUACUGCCAGAUUGAAGGACAUUGCGGAGAAAGUCAGCACCAUCUCUGUGAAACUGAAGCAGAAGGGUGUGGAUGUAGAAGAGGCCAAAGAGGAGACGGAGACUCUGCGUGAGGAGCUGGAGGACUGCUCUCAUGCUCUCUCUGAGCUGGAUGUGGCCAUGCAGGAGUUCGGAGAGCAGAACCCGCUCCUGGCCCGGCAGCUUAGCACGACACUGAACAAACUGACCGAGCUCCACUCUCAGACCAGCAGACUCGCAGAGGGAAGGACCUCAAGGCUUAAGAAGGCUGAGCAGCACUUUGAGGAGUUUAAUGAAAGACUCACCCUGAUACUGAACUGGACUGAAAAAGCAGAGACUCUGGUUUCUACCAGCAUCGUCUGGAGCCCCGCCUCUGUGAUGCAGGAGCAAAUCCGUACACACCAGGCGCUGCUGCGGGAGUGGCGGAGGCUGCAGGGUGAGAUGGAGGCAGUGAUUGAGAGAGUGGGGUCGUUGGGAGAAGUGGUGCACACUGAUGCACUUCACCAGCAGGUGGCAGAGCUGAGCCGACACGCCGAAGAGCUGCAGCAAAGCACCAAAACACGCCUGCUGAAUCUACAGGAUGCUGCAAAGGACCUGAGCAGGCUGGAGAGUGAGGUGAAGAGCCUCCACAGGUCUAUUGAGAGAGUUCAGGAGACACUGGCCUCCCCAGAGCUGGCUCGUCUCAGCCUCAGAGAACAGCUGCUCCAGAGACAGCACCUGCUGACAGAAAUGGAGGGAUUUAAGGUGCAGGUUCAGGCUGUGCAGAAGUGUAUGAGCACGCUGCAGCUUCCUGAGGAUGCCAUGGUCACAUUACCCCUGUGUGUCACUGCGCAGAGUCUACAGCAGGACAGCAGCCAUCUCCAACACACCACCAUACAGCAGUGCAACAUACUGCAGGAGGCCGUGGUGCAGUAUGAGCAGUAUGAACAGGAAGUGAUGAACCUUCAGAAGAUGAUCGAGGAAGCGCAGCGUGUUAUUCAGGACCGACCCGUCACUACAGGCAACAUCCAUGAGCUUCAGACGCAGAUACAGCACCAUGAGGAGCUGUCCCAGAAGAUAAAAGGCUACCAGGAGCAGAUCGCAGCCCUGAACUCCAAGUGUAAGAUGCUGACACUGAAGGCCAAACACGCCACCAUGCUGCUAACUGUCAGCGAAGUAGGAGGGCUCUCAGAUGGUCUGGAGGAGCUGGAGGAUGAAGAAGAGGAGAUGGUGAAGCACCCCACAACACACCCCUCGGUUGUCAUGAUGACUGCAGGUAGAUGUCACACUCUCCUGUCUCCCGUAACGGAGGAGUCGGGUGAGGAGGGCACCAACAGCGAGGUCUCCUCCCCUCCAGCCUGCAGAUCUCCCUCACCCGGGCCUAACGCCGACAUCUCCCUUAACCAGGUUCCAGGAAAGGCCCCAUUAAGUCGCGCUCCUCUACAGGAACUGUAUGACCAGUCCAUGGAAUCGGCUGCCACGGCUAAUCUGGACGACUUACAGCGCUCGUGGGAAACGCUGAAGAACGUGAUCAGCGAGAAACAGAAGAGUCUGUAUGAGGCUCUGGAGAGGCAGCAGCAUUACCAGGAGUCUUUACAGUCCAUCUCCACCAAGAUGGAGUCCAUUGAGGCUUCACUCAGUGAAGGGCUAGAACCUGGAAAGAGUCCCGAGAGCCAGAUGGCAGCUCACCAGGCUUUGAUGGAUGAAAUCCUGAUGCUACAGGAUGAGAUCAGCGCUCUGCAGGCGUGUUUCUCCGAGGAGCUCCAGCGGGAUGAGGAGAGCCCCGAGCAGGACGCGGGUGACCAGCUGGCACUGCACUCCACCCUCACUGUGCUGGGAGAACGCAUGGCCACCAUCCGCAUGAAGGCCUCGGGCAAGCGCCAGCUCCUGGAGGAAUGCUUGAACGAACAGCUGGAGGAACAGAGACAGGAACAAGCCCUUCAGCGUUACCACAGCGAAGCAGAGGAGCUCGAUCAUUGGUUGCUCAGCACACGAGCGACGCUUAACUCCGCCCUCCAGCCGCAUCCAGAGGACAUGGACAUGGAGGAGCAGCUGAUCGACUGUCAGAACAUGUUGAUGGAGAUUGAGCAGAAGGUGCUGUGUCUCUCCGAGCUUUCGGUACACAGCGAGAGCCUCCUGCUGGAGGGGAAAGCCGGCACGCGUGGAGACGCCGAGCAGCUCACGCUCAAGCUGCACAGCCUUAAAGCCAGUCUUCUGGAGCUGCAGCGCAUCCUACAGGACAAACACACCCACAUCCAGGGAUCUUUAAUGGAGCAGGAGGAGAGUGAGCCUGACUCAGCCUUGACUCAGAGUCCCAGCAUACUGGACUGGCUCAGUCAGGCCCGGUCCACUCGCAGCCAGCAGCACCAGGACACGGUGCAGAGACAACGGGAAUUAGAGGCACAGCUCGAGGAACAGAGGAAGCUGAUGCAGUCUGUGGCCAGUCGAGGGGAGGAGCUUCUCUCCCACUCCCAUACCACACCCACUGGAGACAGUGCUGCAAAUUGUCAGGACAUGUCGGAUCCGGGCGAGAGCACGAGUCUGAGCACGAGUGGGAACGAACAGGGCGAUAUGAGGAUGAAGUGGGAGAAUCUGAAUAAAGACCUGAACACCAAGCUGCAGUUUUUGUUCAACACCAUGCAGGAUGAACAGCUCAGCUCGGUCUAUCAGAGAUCUCGAGUGUCCAGCCCAGGAAGUCUUUUCAGAGGAGAUCAACUGACACCGGACAUUUUUUCCCCCAGUGCUUUAUUUGAGAAUUUUAACCAGAAACUGGAGGAACUAGCUGAGGCUGAUGUUAAACACGCGCACACCCGGGAGAAGUCUCUGUACGAAGCAGUGUGUUCAGCCUCCACCUGGCUGGACGGUGCAGAGAACACACUGCUUUCCGGCCCUGUGCUCCUGUCUGACGACUCGGAGAUCCAGCUGUUUCAUUUAGAGGGUUUGAAUAAGGAGGUGAAGAAUGUCAGCGAGGAGGUGAGUAAGUGUCAGGAUGUUCUGGAGGGACGUGAUGGAGGAGGUGAUGGCUUGAUCGAGGAGGUGCUAGAUGGACUGGAUGAGAGACUGAGAUUGAUGGAUUCACUGCUGGAGCAGAGAUGCGACGGGAUUCGAGACAGACUUCAGGAACAUACAACUUUUCAGGUGGAAUUGAGGCAGUUGUUCACUGCUAUGAGUGACUCCAAGCAUCAGCUGCUGCAGAAGAUGUGCGGAGCUGCAGAUCGUCCAGCGUCCAGACAGCUAGAGACUCUGGGUGAAGCAGAGGGCAGUCUAAGGGAGUUUGAACAGAGGUUGUGUGAGAUGAAGACUAAAGGAGAAACUCUGCAGUCAGACCCAGUCAUCACACAGGAGCUGCUCAGACUACAGGACAUGUAUGAGGAGCUGGUGGAGAUGGUGGGCUCGAAGCGGAGUGCUCUGAACCAGAUGUUGGUGUUGAAGGUACAGUAUGAGAAAGCUUUACAGGACCUGCAGGAGCUCGUGGACACGGCACAGGACAAAAUGGCCGCGGAUCAGAAGAUGACUGCAGGUUCCGUGCUCGAAGUUCAGAUCCUUCUGGACAAGCACAAGGAGUUUUUUCAGGGUCUGGAAGCCCAUGUGGUGCUGACGCAGGCGUUCUUUAGGCAGGUCAGUGUGGUGAUGGUGCAGAGAGAGGUUCAGGUUCUGGAGCAGACUGUAGCUCAGGCUCACACCGUCCUCAAACAGGCUCACAGAAGGGGAGUGGAACUGGAGGGCAUCCUGGAGGAGUGGAGCAGUUUUGUUGGAGAUUAUCAGGCUCUGUAUAAGCAGCUGGAGGUGGUGGAGAGCAGCAUUCCAGUCGUGGGGCUGGUGGAGGAGACGGACGAGAGACUGAGUGAAAGAAUUGCACUUUAUCAGUGUCUGAAGAGCACCCUGGUGGAACGGCAGCAGCAGCUCUAUCAGGUUCUAGAGGACGGCAAGAGACUGUUACUGCGUGUGUGCUGUUCAGAGCUCGAGACUCAGCUCACUCAGCUGGGAGAACACUGGCUCAGCAGCACCACCAAAAUCAGCAAAGAGCUCCAGCGCCUUGACUCCACACUCAAACACUGGACCAGGUAUCAGAGCGAGUCAGCAGAACUGGGUCAGUGGUUGUCCUCUGCUCUGGAUCGGCUCGAGUUCUGGAGCACGCAGUCUGUUACUGUUCCUCAGGAGCUGGAGACGGUCCGAGACCACCUGUACGCUUUCCUGGAGUUCUCUAAAGAAGUGGACGCUAAAUCGUCCCUGCGCUCAUCUGUCCUGAGCCGCGGGAACCAGCUACUGAGGCUGAAGAAGGUGGACACAGCGGCGCUUCGCACUCACCUGGCACAGUUAGAGACGCAGUGGGCAGAGCUUCUCACACGCAUCCCAGUGGUGCAGGAGAAACUCCACCAGCUCCAGAUGGAGAAACUGCCGUCUCGUCACGCCAUCACUGAGCUGAUGAGCUGGAUUUCUCUCAUGGAGAACAUCAUCCAGGAGGACCAGAACAAGAUCCUUGAAGCAGUGGGCUCAGAGGUGGUGCAGACCUACAUCCAGAAAUACAAGGGUUUCGAGAUCGACUUGUCCUGUAAGCAGCUGACGGUGGACUUUGUGAAUCAGUCGGUGCUGCAGAUCAGCAGUCAGGACGUAGAGGGGAAGCGCAGCGAUAAGACAGACUUUGCAGAGCGUCUGGGGGCCAUGAACCGGCGCUGGCAGAUUCUUCAGGGCCUCAUCAGCGAGAAGAUCACACUGUUGGAAAGUUUACUCGAGAGCUGGUUGGAGUAUGAGAGCGGAGUCCAGAGCCUGAAAACCUGGAUCAGUAUACAGGAGGAGAAGCUGAAGAAGAAACCCAGGAUCGAGGACGUGGCCUCGGUUCAGAACCUGCUGAAAGACUGCCAGGAGCUGGAGGAGUUGGUGAAAGAGAAAGAGAAGGACUUGGAGAAAGUGGAGGAAAAAGGAUGCUCGCUCAUCCAGGGCAAGAAAGGAGAUGCCUCCGCUAUCGUCAUGGAAACGCUUAAACGGCUCAACCAAGCUUGGACCAACCUGGACCAGUUGGUUGGCCAGGUAAAGAUCAGUCUGCGUGCCAUGCUGGAGCAGUGGAGUCUGUACAAGCGAGCUUCUGAAGAGAUCCAUGGCUACCUGAUGGAGGGACAGUACUCUAUCUCACGCCUCAGGUUCCUCACCGGUUCUCCAGAGGCUGUCCUUGUGCAAGUGGAGAACCUGGAGGGUCUUCAGGAGGAGCUGGAGAAGCAGGAGAGCAGUGUGAAGAAGUUCGGCUGUCUCACCGAGCAGCUGCUGAAAGACUGUCACUGCACUGUGGCUGAUUCCCUCACCACAACCCUCACUGACAUCAACCACAGGUGGAACUUGCUGCUGGAGCAGAUUUCUGAGCAGUUGAGGAGCAGUAAGAACCUGCUGCAGCAGUGGCAGUGCUACAAAGAGCUCCAUGACAGCAACAGCAAGGAUGUGCAGAGACUGGAAGAGAGGGCGGAGUGUUUACUCAACAGCUCCACCCACAGUGUGACCACAGAACAGGAAGUAAAGAACUGGAUCCAUGACUGUAAUGACUUACUGAAGGCUCAUAGCUCGGUCCAGGCCAAGCUGCAGCAGCUGACUGAUGCAGAGGAACAGUUGAGGCUGCAGGUGGAGCCAUCAUCCAUGGCAACCAUCCACACAGACUACCUGUCACUCAGCCGGCGCCUAGCAACAGUGGGACAUGCCCUUUACAGGCAGCAGGAAUUGAUGAAGGCGGGUUUGAAAGACUACGAGAGCUUCAGGGAAGAGCUGCGCUGUCUGAGCCGGUGGCCAGAAGAGGCACAGGAGGUGCUGAAGGAGUCGGAUCCGACCGCGUCUGCGGAUCUGUCUGCUGUGCAGGAACUCAUGGACAAGCUCAAGAUCCAGAUGCUGAACCUGAGUCGUCUGUCUCCUGAUCUGGAGCGUUUAAACCGUCUGGGCUACAGACUUCCACUAAACGAUCAGGAGAUCAAAACCCUUCAGAAUCUGAACAGGAACUGGACGUCCACCUCGGCACACAGCACAGAGAGAUUCAGUAAGCUCCAAGCCCUGGUGCUGCAGAGACAGAGUUUCCUGGAAAAGUGCGAGACGUGGCUCAGCUUCCUGAACCAGACGGAGGAGAAGCUCGGCACUGAGAUCUCAGGAAAUUACCAAAGUCUGUUAAAGCAGCAAAGAGAGCACGAGCUGUUCCAUGCUGAGAUGUUCAGUCGUCAGCAGAUCCUCUACUCCAUUAUUAGUGACGGCCAUCAGCUCAUGAAUCAGGAACGAGUGGAAGACAGAGACGAUUUUGGCCUGAAGUUGGCGCUGUUGAGUAAUCAGUGGCAGGGCGUGGUGCGGAGAGCGCAGCAGAGGCGGGGCAUCAUCGAUGCGCUGGUGUGUCAGUGGCAGCGCUACACCGAGCUCUCGGACAAACUCAGACACUGGUUGCAGGAGGAGGCUCUGGAUCGUGAGGAGGAAACGCAGCAGCAGGGACGAGUCAUGGCUUUACAGCAGGCUCGAGGAGUUCUCGACCGCAUUCAGUUGAAGGAACGGGUGCUUCAGAGGCAGCAGGGCAGCUACAUCUUGUUGGUGGAGGCAGGAAGGCAGCUUCUCCUGUCGGCUGAUACCCAGGCGGAGGCUCUGCUACAGGAGGAGCUGACGGAGCUGCAGGAGCGAUGGAGGAGCGCUAGCAUCCGCCUGGACCAGAAGAAGAAGGAGCUGCUCUCGCUACUAAAGGACUGGGAGCAGUGUGAGAAAGGAAUUGCUGCGUCACACGAGAAGCUGAGAGCAUUCAAGAGGAAGCUCUCUCUGCCUUUACCUGAUCACCAUGAAGAGCUGCACAACGAGCAAAUCCGCUGCAAGGAGUUAGAGGGCAGCACAGACGGUUGGGCGGACGACGUGGCUGCUUUGUGUGUGCUCAGAGACUCGUUGUUGUGCAGCCUGAGCUCUGACGACCUCACAGUCCUACAGGAGAGACUGGAGCUGCUGCAGAGACAGUGGGAGGAGACGUGUCACCAGCUAACCCUGCGUAGGCAGCAGGUGAGUGAGAAGCUGAACGAGUGGGCCGUGUUCAAUGAGAAGAAUAAGGAGCUGUGUGAGUGGCUAACUCAGAUGGAGAGCAAGGUGUCUCAGAAUGGUGACAUCACCAUCGAGGAGAUGAUCGAGAAGCUUAGGAAGGACUAUCAGGAGGAGAUCUCUGUAGCUCAGGAGAAUAAGCAGCAGUUGGAGCUCAUGGGUGAGAGAUUGGCUCAUUCUAGUCACGAGAGCAAAGCAGCUGAGAUCCAGUAUAAACUGAGUAAAGUGAACGAGCGCUGGCAGCACCUGCUCGACCUCAUUGCAGCCAGGGUGAAGAAGCUGAGGGAGACUCUGGUGGCGGUGCAACAGUUGGAUAAGAACAUGAGCAGUUUGCGUUCGUGGCUCACAAACGUCGAGACUCAACUGUCGCGGCCAAUCGUCUACGAGACCUGUGACACAAACGAAAUACAGAAGAAACUCAGCCAGCAGCAGGAUUUGCAGCGUGACAUUGAGAAGCACAGCACGGGCGUGGCCUCAGUGUUAAAUCUGUGUGAGGUUCUGCUGCACGACUGCGACGCCUGCGCUACAGAGAGCGAGUGCGACUCCAUCCAGCAGGCCACACGCAGCCUGGACCGCCGCUGGAGGAACAUCUGUGCCGUCGCCAUGGAGCGCAGGCUGAAGAUCGAGGAGACGUGGAGGUUGUGGCAGAAAUUUUUAGAUGAUUAUUCUCACUUUGAGGACUGGUUGAAGGCUUCAGAAAGAACUGCGGCUCUGCCCAACUCAUCCGGAGUGCUCUACACCGUCGCUAAAGAGGAGCUGAAGAAGUUUGAGGCAUUUCAGAGGCAAGUUCAGGAGUGUUUAACUCAGCUGGAGCUCAUCAAUAAGCAGUACCGGAGGCUUGCUCGUGAGAACCGCACCGACUCGUCCUGCAGCCUUCGCCAAAUGGUGCAUGAUGGGAACCAGCGCUGGGACACGCUGCAGAGGAGAGUGGCGUCCAUCCUGCGCAGGCUGAAGCACUUCAUCGGCCAGCGUGAGGAGUUUGAGACGAUCAGAGACGGAGUUCUGGUGUGGUUGACAGAGAUGGACCUGCAGCUCACCAACAUCGAGCACUUCUCAGAGUGUGACGUUCAGGUCAAAAUCAAGCAGCUCAGGGCGUUCCAGCAGGAGAUUGAUCUGAACUCGGUGAAGAUCGGGAGCGUGUUCAGUCAAGGUGAAGCUCUGAUGGAAAAGAGCGAGCCUCUGGACGCUGCUGUAAUAGAGGAGGAGCUGGACGAGCUGCAGCGCUACUGCAGGGAAGUGUUCGGACGCGUCGAUCGAUACUACAGGAAGCUCACGCGUCUGCCGCUGGCUGAUGAUGAGUGUGAUGGUUCAGAUCGUGAGUUUGACCUCGAUGGCUCAGGUGAGCUCUCUGACCUCCAGUGGGAGGAGGGGAACUCUUUACCCAGCACUAACAGCCAGACCCCCUCUGUGAGUCCGGCGCCGCUGCGUGCCAACUGCUCGGGUCGGGAGACUCCGGCCAGCGUGGACUCCAUCCCCUUAGAGUGGGACCACGACUACGACCUUGAGCCCAUGGGUAGUACCAUGUCAUCGAAUAAGAGGGGGCAGGAUGAGGAGGAUGAGGAUGUUGGUAGCAGCUCUACAGCAGCUCUCAAAGGUGACUCGGCUCGUAAGGUACUGGACCUGGACAGCCAUAACGCCUCGUACAGCGGUUAUAUGCGUCUGAUGGGAGACUGCCGAGACAGUUUAAGCGCUCUGAAGAGAGCCGAGGGAAAGCUGGAGGAGGAGGAGAGCGACCUGGCCGGAUUAAACAAUCCCGAGACUGCAGAACCACAGAACACAGGUGUGAUCAAGCGCUGGGAGCUCAUACAGGCUCAGUCCCUUAACUCCAGUGAAGACUUGCUGCUACGGCAACAGCUGACCUCUGACCUGGAAAAUAUGGAGGUGUGGCUUAGUGGUAUAGAGGAGGAGCUGGCUGAGCUGAAGGGGAGGAACUUGAGCACAGAUAUACACACUAUUGACCAAAGGAUCAAAAAACUCAAGGAUCUACAGAAAGAGGUAGAUACCCAUAAGCCCACAGUGCUGUCCAUCAACCUGAGCAGUGUCAGGCUUGUCCAAUCAGACGGUGAGGAGAACAGGAAGCUGAGGAGGAGGCUGAAAGAGAUGAACUCUCGCUGGGACAGACUGUGUAAAGCUCUGCAGCAGUGGAGAGCAGCGCUACAGGACGCGCUAAUGCAGUGCCAGGAGUUCCACGAGCUGAGUCAUGGCCUCUUGCUCUGGUUAGAGAACAUCGACCGAAGGAGGAACGAAAUUGUUCCCAUUGCAGCGGAACUGGACCAGCACACGCUCCGAGCUCGAUACAAAGUGUUAGAGCAAAUCGAACAGGAGUUGCGGGAGACGGAGCAAAGUGUGAGCAGCCUGCAGGAGCUCUCAGUGCAGCUGCUGGUGCAGGCGCAGGGCGGCGAGAGUCUGGAGGCGCAGGAGAGAGUGCAUGUCAUCGGGAACCGUCUACGCCUGCUGCUUAACGCCGUCAAAUCUGACCUCCAGCUGCUGCAGAGACGACUCCACGCCUCAGGAGACACACACGUGCCGUGCGUUUGGCCCGCGGUCGACGACAUGGACACGUCUGGAUCAGUCAGUCCGGUAUCGGUGGUCAGCGUGCCUGUUCAACAUCACACGCUACGGAGCAAAUGUAAUGUGUCAGGAGCAGGAUCCUCAGCCAGCCUGCCGCGCCACAGGUCCCUCAGGGGUUCUGCGUGCGCUUCCUCUCGCUGUGGUUCCUCCGCGCCACACGGUGGCGCUGCUGCGGCUCGCCGCCAGCCCUUCCUGCUGCGGGUCCUGCGGGCAGCUCUGCCUCUGCAGCUGCUGCUGCUGCUCAUCGUGGGUUUGGCGUGUCUGGUGCCCAUCACUGAGGACGAUUACAGCUGCGCCAACCACAACAACUUCGCCCGCUCCUUUCACCCCAUGCUGCGCUACACCAACGGCCCCCCGCCCAUCUGAGGUACCCCUCGUCCCAUCCUCUAAAUCCCGCCGCCUCACCCUGACCACCACGCGUCCCUCAGGAGGCAGGACAAUAUAAAGCGAUCUGUAUUAGCCAAAGCUGAACAUUUGAAUAUAAUCCAUGUACAGGAGAACACCGCUGCUAUUUUUAUUUUUAUUUUAUUUUUUUACUAUUUUUUUAUUUUUAAUUAUCGAUCACAAUCAGUGUAACGAAGAUCGGCUCUGUGGGAGAAGCGGGAUCCUUUGGGAAACAGGACAAUGAAAAAGUCAAUCAGAUUUUCUAGCACUGACGAGCGUAUUUUAAGGUACUGCACUUAAACUCUCCGGCGAAUUGGCGACGUCGUUUGAUUCCUUUGUGGAAAUUAUUUUUUCAUUUUAAACGAUUGUAUUUGAGAUACGAAAAAGCUAUAUAAAAUUUCACUUCCGGUGAUUUUGAUAAGUAUUAGACGCCCUUCAUGAUGUAUUUAUUUAAGUUUUUUAAAUUUUAUUUAAUUUUUUGUUAUCUUUCCUCACGGCAUGCGGUUGAUUUUUUUUAAACACUAAAACAAUCACUGAUAGUUAUGUCUCUAAGAGCAAAGCUUUUUUUUCUAAAUACUAGUAGUUCACUAGGUUGCUAAAAAAAAUGUAUAAAACAUCAAGUAUGAAAUUGUCAGUGCUUAUUUAUGAGUGUACAGUUUACUAACACUGACAGUAAAGGAGGAGUUUCAUUAAUAUAUACAUUA